AUGGACCACAACGAAGAGACCGAAUCGGAUGACUCUCUAUAUCAUCUUCUUCAGGGCCCUUUCCUAUUCUACUUUUUUAAUAGUGUCAGAAAGGAUUUGACAGUUGAUUCCGCGGAAUCACCAACGUCUGUUUACUUGUACGAGCGAAGUCUUCACCCCGAUCUCGAUCCAUAUCCAGAUCAUCCAGUCAGUUCGUUCGGAAGCUUUGAAGUCAAGCUGGAAAUGAAACACUGUCUAUUCCGAUCUUUCAGUCAAUCAACCCGAGACUGUUGCCGGGCGAGGUUCUAUCUUUUCCUUGUUCGACUUCCAUAUGUCGACAAAUUUCGUAAAGUAUAG